AUGGCAGAGCAUGGAGACACGAUAGCAGAACCACCAAGGACCGCUUAUGGCCUUGACGGGGACCCAUUCUUGACGCCAGCGGAGAACUCGUUCUUGGCACAAGAUUUCACACCCAGAAGCACUACUAUCGACACCCGCUACGGGUCUAAGUUCAACUUAAUAAGUGGAACCAGUACGUAUUCGACUGCGCAGCCGGGUCCAUCAUCUGCCUCCCUUAUUUCAACAGGAGACUCAGAAGACGUCGAGCCCCAACGAGAAGACGAUGGAGCUCGCUUGACCUUGGAUAUAUCCCGCAUUCAUACAAACGAUAGCUGGAACGAAAAUCUUUCCGCAGACUCGGAACGCUCGGGUGGCAUUGCUCGCACGCGUCGGAGAACUACCAUUCGGUACGAUACACCGUCGCCACUGAAGAGGACGGGAACUGCUUUCAAGUCCAUGUCGAAAAAUAUACGUCGCGCGUCUCUACGUGUGGUGAAUCUCGCCGGAACUGGCUUGGACGACUCGAUACGUCUACCAGACGAUGACGAUGACGAUGGUCAAUUUCCUGGGAAGGAUAAAGAGGAGGAGGAGUACGAGAUGCGACAGAAGGGGAGCAACCCUCCGGACCUCACUGAACCUUCACCCAUCCGUGGCCGUACGCUCUGUUUCUUUGGACCAACAAGCAAAAUUCGACUCAAAUUGUAUUACCUCUUACUGCACCCAUGGACGGAACCUCUUAUACUUGUUCUCAUUAUCAUUAAUGCUAUCAUAUUAACAAUACAAGCCUCGCAUUCCUUGCUUUUAUCUCCUAGCCAGAAUGCACCAACGCCCAUAAAGGGUUAUUUCCAUCUAUGGGAAGACUAUGUUCUGUUCGUUCUGUUCGUCCUGUUCACGCUAGAAGCUUUUGCUCGUAUAUGUGUUUCUGGUUUCCUAUUCGAUCCAGAGAUUCGCGUUUCAGCCAUACUUGCGCGCCCAUUCGCUCUUGCACCGAGCUCGUCAUCGUCACCUUACCUUCACAAUGCUACAACACCGUCGACAUCGACAUCUACACCGACGCCCCGUCGAAUCCAUUCUGAUGGGAAUCGCUCUCGGAAUCCCAUCGAGAAAUUGGCAAAUAGUAUCUCACAUCCACCGAAGCACAUUCGAAAUCCAUCUCAGCCUACCUUCUUCUCCAAAGCUUUACGGUCAGAUCAAACAGAUGUGAUUUCACUACCUUUUCGGCUCAACAUCUCUCAUGCACACGAAAAAGUCCAUCGCAAUGUUCCCUAUCUGCGACAAAGCUGGACUCGAAUCGACUUUGUUGCUAUUGUCAGUUUUUGGAUAUCCUUUAUUUUGGCUAUGACGCAUGUCGAAAGAGGAACCUAUCACAUUGGGGCUUUCAGGGCUAUGAGUGUGUUGCGCACGGCAAGGCUACUUGCAAUUACAUCUGGUACUACGACUAUCAUGCGAUCGCUAAAAAUUGCACGACCUUUGCUCACCAAUGUUGCUUAUUUCGUCGUCUUUGCCAUGAUAUUGUUCUCUGUCAUCGGUGUGCAGUCUUUCAAAGGUUCUUUCCAGCGAUCUUGUUAUUUACAACCUACCCUUGGCGAGAGUGCAACCCAGAUUUCAAAUCAAUUUUGCGGCGGUCAUGUCGAUCCAGUGACUUUGAACAAUACGUAUUAUCUCCAGCGGAAUGGUAAUCCAGGAAAUACCAUCAAAGGCUACAUCUGUCCACUUGGGCAGGUCUGUCAGGAAGGGCAAAAUCCUUAUACUGGUGUUGAGAGUUUCGAUACGGUGUACUUUGCAUUACUUCAAGUAAUAAUUGUUGCUUCUGCCAAUGGCUGGUCUCCAAUCAUGUACGCCAUGAUUGAUGCGGAAUACUUCGUGUCCUGCUUUUUCUUCAUCAUCUGCAUUCUUGUCCUGAACUUCUGGCUUAUAAACCUUUUUGUUGCUGUCAUUACCAACACAUUCUCAGCAAUAAGGUCAGAUACAAAGAAGAGUGCUUUUGGAGCUGCGCCUUUAGGUCCUAUUACUGACGAGCAAGACGAGGGUUGGGCUAUAGUCGAUGGCCGCCAUAUCUCACAAAAUAACCGUCUCAAAGUUGUUUAUCAGUAUACGAGAUGGUGCUGGGUGUUUCUUGCACUUGCAUCGCUUGUUGUACAGGCCACUGCAACUGCCACAAUGAGCGAUGUGCAUCAGACCGUCCUCGAUUGGUCGGAGCUUGCUAUCACCAUUGCAUUCGAUUUCGAGAUUAUCCUACGAGUUUUGGCAGAGCUACCAGCCUGGCGGAAAUUCUUUGCACACGGGAACAAUUGGCUGGACAUACUGUUGGCCAUUGGCUCUACCAUAAUUCAGAUUCCGGCCAUACAUAACUCUUCGGUUUAUCCGUGGCUGACAAUUUUUCAGCUGGCUAGGUUCUACAGAGUGAUUCUGGAGUUCCCGAGAAUGAAACCACUCAUGCUUACGGUUUUCGGAAACAUGUAUGGUCUGGCGAACAUGACUCUAUUUCUGAUGCUGGUGAACUUCAUAGCUGCUCUGGUCGGCGUUCAGCUUUUACGCGGAGACAUGGAUGGAAGUAACACCAUGAAUUUUGGUCAACUCUUCAAUUCGUUCUUGGCCGUCUACCAAAUAUUUUCGUCGGAGAACUGGACAACUGUAUUGUAUGGUGCCACUGAUGCGGAGCUAUCUCUGGGCCAAGCUGUAAUUGUUGCUUUCUUCCUAUCUUGUUGGCUUCUUUUCGCGAACUUCAUCGUACUGCAGAUGUUUAUUGCUGUCAUCAAUGAAAAUUUCAACGUGGCGGAGGAGGCCAAGAGAGGGAAACAGGCCUCUGAUUAUUGGGAAAAUGAUCAACAGCGGCCGAUAGACAAUGCAACUUGGAUGCGCAAGCUCAAUCCCUAUCAAUGGAUCAAAGCUAAUCCUGUCAAGGUGAAGGUCGAGAAUCUCCCGUCGAAUCUUGUAUUACCUAUGCAGAAGGCAUUGGUUCAAGAUUAUCAGAUUCCAAGUCAAGUAAAUAGAGCUUCCUCUGUGUGUACCGGAUUUUACAUGUCGGCUCGGCAUGAUUCAAUGGCUCUCCAGGAUCCCAUUGAUGAGGAAACUGAGCGUCAUCUCGAAAUAUUGGCUUCUGUUAACCCCGAGAAUGCCUCAACGCAAGACAUCAACGACUUGUUGUACGAAAGACGGGCUCAAAAAGCGGAUUUUAUUCGUGACCAUCCUACCUACGACAAAACCUUUUGGCUCUUCUCCCAGAAAAACCGUAUCCGCCAUCUUUGUCAGAAGAUGGUCAAACCUGCCAAUGGAGAACGCAUCUUUGGUACUCCUCUAUCAAACGUCGUUCAUCCUAUAUUCCAGCUGGUUAUUUUGCUCGCAGUAAUUGGCGGUAUAGUCACGGAAGGUAUUGCGACGCCUGUAUACCGGCGUGACUAUUUUCUUGCCAACGGCGUCAUUCGAGGUUCAUGGUUCAACAUUGCUGAAACUGUCUUUGGCCUGGUGCUCGUUAUAGAGUUCUUCAUCAAGGUUAUAGCGGAUGGUUUUGCGUUUACUCCCAACGCCUAUGUUCGCAGUAUCUGGAACAUCCUUGAUUUUUUCAUCUUGAUUGGGAUUUUGGUCAACGUCUCACUUACUCUCAUGUUUGUUGGUGGACUGAGCCGCUUUACGCGUGCCUUGAAGGCAUUACGUGCUUUGCGCCUGAUAACGCUCAUCGAGAAAAUGCGGGACACCUUCCAAUCAUUAAUCCUCUCAGGCGUUACCCGUAUCUUGGACGCUGCUAUGCUUGCGAUAUUGUAUCUCAUUCCUUUCAGUGUAUGGGGUGUAAACAUCUUCGCAGGACUUAUGAACGAGUGUAAUGAUACCAGUGUGCAGGGUAUUUCGGACUGCACGAAUGAGUACGUGAACACCAUCUAUGGAGACUCAUUCGGCUUUUUGGUACCACGUGCAUGGCAGAAUCCAUCUCCAUCAACAACGUUCUCAUUCGAUAAUUUCCGCGCUUCCCUUCUCAUUCUCUUCGAAAUCGUUUCUCUCGAGGGUUGGAUUGACGUGAUGUCGGUUGCUAUGAGCAUAACUGGCAAGGGGCAACAACCACAGACCAACGUCUCACAGGUCAACGCUAUAUUCUUUGUUAUUUAUAAUCUUCUGGGAGGGGUAGUGAUUUUGACGCUCUUUGUCAGUAUUAUCAUUGGAAACUUCUCUUCAGAGACGGGGACAGCAUUCCUUACACAGCCCCAGAGAGAAUGGAUUGAUUUACAAAAAUUAAUUAAACGCCAGCGACCUUCAAAGAGGCCCCAAGAUCGACCAACUUCCUUGGUUCGGUCGUGGUGCUAUGACCGCGCUGUCCAUAAACAUGGAUGGUGGUCGCGUAUGAUGACUUUUCUACUUAUCGUUCAAAUAUUUGCUUUGAUGACCCAAACCUUCACUGCUCAAGCUGUGGCUGACAGUCUUCGCAAUAAUUUCUCUCUACUGAUCACUUUCAUGUAUGUCAUCGACAUCAGUGUUCGAUUUUAUGGACUUGGGUGGAAUAGCUUCCGUGCGAAUGGGUGGAAUAUUUUUGACAUCGCUGUUGCGGGAGGCAGCUUCGUCACGACGCUGGUCGUGCGCUUCGGAUCCAGCAGUUUCGUCAUUCAACAGCUUCAAAAACUGUUCCUUGUUAGUAUUGCUUUCAAACUCGUACAAAGAACAAACAGUUUGAAUAAGUUAUUCAAAACUGCAGUUGCCAAUCUGCCAGUUAUACUAAGCCUCCUUGCAUUAUGGCUCAUACUGUUUUUAUUCUUUGCUAUCAUGUACAUGGAAGUAUUUGGCAUGACGAAGUGGUACUCGGCUGAAACAAGGACGCAAAAUUAUCAAACGAUGGGCUCCGCGCUUGUGAUGUUGGCGUUUAUGAGCACAGGCGAAGGUUGGAACCAGUAUAUGCAUGACUAUGCUGUCGAAUAUCCUCGCUGCACACGAACGACUAGUUUAAUAAACCAAACAGAUUGUGGCAGCACAGCUUGGGCAUUCUCGCUAUUCAUUGCGUGGAACCUUUUGAGUAUGUAUAUAUUCGUCAACAUGUUCACCGGUGUUGUCGUGGAGAACUUCUCCUACGUCUUUCAAGUAAGUGGUGGCGCAAAAUCCAUCACUCGCGAAGAAAUGCGUUCCUUCAAAAAAAUCUGGGCAGAAUUUGCCAACCCGAAAACUGGGCGUCUGGAACGCAGUCGUUUCGUUCCUUUCUUUGCUAAACUCAGUGGUGUGUUCGAAACCCGUAUCUAUCCAAUCGACUAUAGUGUGAAGAAUAUUGUUGCUCAAUGCAAAAGCGAUAAAGAGACGCACGUCUGGUCCAGCAAGGACGCGACAGGUAUGGACCUUUCAAAGCUCAAUAAAGCGCUAAGCGCCAUCGACUAUGCCGGUGUCAGAAAGAGGAGGACCACCUACAGUCGUUUGUAUCAUGAAGCGAGUGUGUCUUAUCACCAAGGGACAGGAAUAUCGUUUACCGAAAUGCUUUUGUUACUCGCCCACAAUAAGCUUAUCACCAAUAAGCUUGUCACAGAUUUGGUCAACCUUGAUCGGGUACGCUCGUUGCUAAGGAUGAUUUCAUUGCGGCGGCGAUUCCUGGCACACAGAGAACAAUCAAAGCGAAUCCGCAACGAACAGCAAGGUAAAAAUUAUACCCCAGGAAUAGAAAACCGCUGA